AACUGCCGAUAUGCUCUACACUGAAUCCUUAGUUUUCACAGGAGAGGUGUGAAUACUCCUCUGCCAGAUGGAUUUUGAGGGAGUUAGCUUAGCAACGGGAGUAUAAAGAAACCACUAGAGAACUGGAACACCAGGGACCUGACCUUGAAAUAUGAAGGUGGGUGAAGGGCCAAUGCCGCUGUCUGCCUGACUAUCUGUGCAUCUCGUCAUUAGCGUUCCCCCUCCCCCUUCCUCCAUCCAAUCCCCUGGUUGUGUUUCCCAACUCGUUCUCCAUCGCACACGGUGCCAAACCAUCGCUGCCCAUCUCGAACACCGUCACAUGCACAGAAAACCACACAGACACAGGUACAUACUCACUACCCCUCUCUCCUGGGGAGGGAUUUGAGGAUUCACGAGGGCAGCCUUUCAUUUGUAAUCAGACGAAAGAGAGGAUUAUCUGAAGGUUUCUUCCAUCUUGUUCGCGGCCAGAAUUAAGGGAGGGACGAGGAGGAGGGGACUGGAGAGAAUAAAGGCAGGGCUCAGCAUGGUGAAUGAUGAAAGGGGGCGGAGUCACCUGUGGAUGUGAGGAAAGGAGAAGCGCCUUCCUCUUCCUUUCCAACAUCUUGGACUGACAGGGGCUCUCCUGGGAUCCUGGGGGAUAGCUGUGUCUCUCUGACACAGAGAGAAAGGGAGAGAGAGAGAAAGAGAGGGACAGGAGGAACAGAGAGGGAAUAGGAACCUAAGGCACGGAUCUCAUUUUCUGUCUGUAAGGGCUUUUCCAUGGCAGAGGCUGGGCGUCCUGUGUCUGAGUUAGAUAAUGGAAACAGUGUUUCCCCUGACUCUGCGCUCUGCACCGACCCCCUCCUACCCCACUCCAUGAGCUCCACAGACGGGGUUACACAUCCCCUGAGGCUGGAGGAACUCAGGAGGAGCUCCAGUGAACUUUCCUCUCCAUGCUGUCGCAGAGACCCAAAAAAAGACCACCCGGGGCCAACUCAGGCCGCUCAGAAAUCUGACCGACCGCACAUACCUGACCAUGUGGACCAAAGGACUGCAGUCCGCCCUCGCAGCAUGGCCGAGUCGCCAUACACAGCCCACCAACGAGAGGAGGCCAUCAACAAUCACGGUCCCUUCGGGGAGAGUGAGGUGCCCCAACCCUCGUCCUCAGAGAGAGACCAGAUUGGGUUGGAUCUGCCCAGGCUGCCUGUCCAUAGGAGUCACUCAGAUACCCUCCACAUGUCCAGGAAGGCCCCUGCCCUUCCACCCCACAGUGAGACCACCUGGCCCUCCCACCCAGGGAGAGAUUACCUCCUCCAGAAUGCCUUACCCACGUUAGCCUGCGGGCAGCCUAUGCAGCUCCAGGACUCCAGCCCUGUCAACACCAUGUGCACACAGCCGUCUCAGGCCGGCCGUGUCUGGGUCCGGGCCCCCGGCCCCAUUAACGCGGCGUCCGCGGUCGGGAGGGAGGCCCAAAACCCCCGUUCACGUCAGGAUGCCAAUAAGUGCUACUGUUCUUUUGCCCAGCCCCACGGGAUUUUGGAAGACACCUUUGCCGCCUACUGCCACCCCCAGCCCAUCCCAGCCCCCGCCCAGCUGGUGCCCCGCCUGCUGGGCGCAGAAGCUGAAUUCGGGGAGCAGAGGGCGCUGCCGCUUCACCCAGAGCAUGCCCUCCUCUCCCUGCCUCGCCUCAUGUCAUCUGUCAGCGAGACGGGGCUGGACGCCAAGCGUCUGCUGCAGUGCUGCAACCUCAACUGCAACAUCAACUGCUCCUGGGCCAGCGGUCUGCCCCCUAGUGUUGCCCUGCAGAAAUACAUGCAGGAGAACAGCUGCAUUGGAAGCAACAACAGAAUCACCAGGGACAUGGGAACCAUGACAACCAGCAUGGAGCUCAGGGAUGUGGGAGUUCAGACGGGCCGGGUUGACGAGGCGCGCCCGGCCCAUGUGUUCCCCCAGGUCUGUCUGGUGGAGGAGAACGGGAACGACGACCGGAACGAAAGUGACAACAGGAACGAGUGCGCGAAAGAGACGGACACUUCCCAGAAACCCCCGGUGAAGGAGGUGAAGUGGGACGCCGAGGGGAUGACGUGGGAGGUGUACGGGGCAUCGGUGGACCCCGAGGAGCUGGGUCUAGCUAUCCAAAAGCACCUGGAGCUGCAGAUCAGGGAAACGUCCAGCCGUGCUGCCAAACUGUCCCACGAUAACACCGCCACGUCCAGGAAGAGCAGCGGUGGAGCCGAAGGCAAGAGGAAGAGGGGAAAAGUGAUAGGCUCUUUCAGGACCCCUUCCUGCUGCGCCCUCUCCAGUACGGCCGUGGACUGAAGGGUUGAACGCUUACAGGUCAAAAUGGCUGCCGGUUUAUUGCACCUUAGAUGACCCCAACACACCAGAGAUUCUGUGUGCCAGUUGGAAUAACGGCGAGAGCACAAGAACCAUCCUACUGAGGAAAACUAAUGGAGAGUGGAAGGUCAUAAUUUGGGUGGAUUUCACAGGUAACAUUAUCUUCAUCAUUUCCAUACAUGCCAAGUGAUAGAAUGGAGGAUGGCAAUAACAAUCAAACACAAUGAUGUGAUGGUUUCUUUAUCAUUUGGGAUUGUAUAAAUGGACUUGCUUGAAGGUAUAUAUAUAUAUAUAUAUAUAUAUAUAUAUAUAUAUAUAUAUAUAUAUAACGUAUAUAUAACAGCAGAAAGAGGAAGCACCACUUCACCACAGACCAUCUUGUCUACAAAUCUUGUGUCUACCUUGCUCUUAUUUUGAAUUAUUCAAAUUUUGUGUAAAUGUUUUUAGCAUACAGUAGAUUAUUGUUUAGCGCGUUAUAGGGACCAUAGGAAUUUACCAUUGUUUUUUACACAAUGUGUGUUUUAUACAAUACAUUUGUACUGCCCAUAUUCACACUGCAAUCCUGAAUUGACAGUACAGUAGUUUAUUAAGCUGGCAUGUUGUGAAUCUUUAAAUGAUUUUGUGAUCUCAGAUUAUUCAUUUCAUCACUGUGAUGCAGAGGAAAACACUGUGACAUAGAGAAGGGGUUAACUGAUUGCAGAUUUUUUUUUAUGAAGACAGUCUAAAUCUCAUCAGAUGUCAUAAUCUAUUCGUGCACAUAACAGUAUGGUAAAUGAAUAUAUUUCCAUAGUUCACUUAUUGUUUUUUAAAGGAAAGUGGACAGUCAGUCUUCUUAUAUCAUUUUUGCAAGGCUUUAAUUGACAGUAGGAAUCUGUGGUAGAUGGUAUUGAACCCAGGUCCCCAGCAGGGAGAUGUGCAAGAAGCCAGGAGUGUUAUCACUUGACCAUGGCUUCACACUCAUCUCACUUAUUAACAUGUAUUUCAUUUCACUUCCAUUUCACCUUGGUACAUUUAAAAAGACAAUGAGGGCAAGGAAUAAUGUAUUAUAAUAUAAUUAACUUAUUUCAUUCUGCAUGAUGAAUAUUUUGUGCACUCAAAACCACAGCCAAAUAAUUAUUUUAGUAAUUUAACCAGAUAGUUAAAGGUCAAAUAUAUACAUCGAACAAUAACCCCUGAAUAGAUCCACUCAUAUCUGAGUCUUACUCUCAACACAGCUCUAAUAGUAUACUGUAUUCUCACUUUACUGUGCCAUAGAAAUGUACUACAUUGGUAUUGAAAAUUAUUGAUUUACAACUAGAUGGUUAAGUUGCAUUUGUAAUCACACGACCAACACAAAAUGUGUUACAAGCAGAUUUAAAGUUGUAUCAUAAUGUUCUGACAAUGCAGUUAGAAUAAUGUGUAAUCAUGUAAUCAGUAGUAUAAUUUUGAAGUUAUUAUUGUGUAUUAAAUAAUGACCAAGCCUGGAAUUAAAAAUGUCUGGACUGGGACUACACAUAAAACAUUUUUUUUAUAUAUGAAUCUCCAAUUUUAUGUUGGUGAUGUAAUGUUUUUUAUACAUGCAUAAUCUGCAAGUAGUAUCAAUAUCAUACCUCCGUUUUAUCAUUAAAACCCAAGUUUGGAAUAGUUUUGAUGACAUGGGGCACAUUUUAGCACAUACAUGAAAGUACACCAUUUUUGGGGACACGUUCUGUCUCAAAAGCACCACUUUUACAACCAGUGGCCAAAAGUCCUGGAAUGCAUCUUUAUGAAGAUGAAUUUGUUCUCCACAGUAUAAUUUGAGUACAUAAUUAUCGGAGUUGCCAUUUCAAGUUAAGGCACAGGCUGUACAGUAUUCUAGGGUUUUCAGAGGUUGUUUGACCAGAUUCCAGCUCAGUAGAAAUCCUUAGAAUAUGCUGUUAUGUCUUUCCAGCACUCACCUGCAUUAAUGGUUAUGUCAAAUGACAAACCACUAACAUCACAAAGGAGAAGUGAAUAUGCUUUCAAGGCUUCUUUUGAGGCCAGCAAUAAAAGAUCUUAGAUGCAGUAUGAAGUUGUUGUGCUGCCAUUUAGGAAACUGUGUUUCCCCCUCUGUAACAAUGUAUUGCAGUCACUACAAAUAAAAUUGUUUUGUGAAGUCUU